ACGCUCAAAUGUAACGAGGAGACAAAUACAACGGAUUUGAUUAUUAUAUAUAAUCAUCGCAAUAGGGACUGAUACUACGCGCGCAGAGGCUUCUAAAUGUUACAGUUGAUAACAACGGGAAACCAUAAAUUACAUUAUUAUUUUUCCCCUUCUGAUAACGCGACGCACGUUGACUCCGUCCGUACGCUCCUGAUCGAGUAUUAAUUACAUUACAGUUGACUUUGUAUAUUUUUAUUGUUCUUGUUAUUCUUCUUAGUUGUGCGUACCUGACCAACGAGUGAUCGUCCGCUUCGAUACCCAUAUUCUCGAUGCACGUACCCGUUUCUUCAAAGCAGCAACGAUGGAUUGCGUCUGCUCAGUAAUCUUUACAGCGGAUUGACAAUAAUAACAAUUACGAUAUUCACUGAUCUUAUCGUCGAUACACGUGCGUUUUUCAAUAUCGUGCUGUGAAUGCUGUCAGGUGAUUUUUGUACGCACCAUCAAGUCGUGCGAAACGUUAUAGACAUAUUAUCAUUGCUGACGAUGUAACAUGUUUCUUACAUUUCAUCCCUGAAACCCAGUUGUUGUUUCUGGUGCUUGUUCCAACUGAAUCAAACGAGGUCGCCGCGAUGAACGGAUCACAAGCUCUUACCGAUCACAAAGACCAUACUGAGGAAGACUUAUUAUUGAAUAAUGAAGAAGAGUAUAUCCAUCCUUAUUCAGAUGAAUAUGUUUUUUUGGAAAGAAAAAUGCGUAAUCGGUUAUCGUUUUUUUUUAUGAACCCAAUUGAAAAGUGGAAGACAAGAAAGCGAUUUCCAUACAAAUUUUUAAUUCAAAUUAUUAAAAUUGUGCUUGUUACACUUCAACUUUCUUUAUUUGCUCAUACUCGCUAUAGCCAUGUAAAUUAUACUUGGGGAAAUAGAAUGACAUUUUCACAUUUAUUUAUUAAAGGAUGGGAUCCUGCACGAGAAGUAGUCUCUUAUCCACCAGCUUUAGGACCAUUAGCUAUUUAUAAUUUAGAAUCAUUUUAUUCAACUAUAGACUAUGCAUUACAUGGUUAUGCUAAUAUCAAAAAUGCCAUUGGAUCUUACUCUUACAUAAAUGAAAAUAAUAAAGUGGCAGAUCCAUCAUUUUGCACAGUACACUAUAAAGAUGGUACAGUGUUUGGGUUUAAUGAAAGCUAUACUUUUGAUGGAGAGAUAAUACAAGAAUGUCUGAACAUCCCGAUAACAGAUAAUGUAAGGAAUAAUACAUUUUCCAUAAAAAAUUAUUUAAUUAAUCAAAACAAAACAAUACUGUUUUCAUCGUUGUUGAAAGCCAAACUUAAAUUUGCAUUGAAGACUGUAAACUUUAGGGUUGCUGGAAAAUAUUCACCACCUGAUUGUUACAAAUUUGAUAUUCAGAUAACAUUAAACAAUGAAGAUAUGGAUGGACAAGUUUUAGUGGAUCUGGAAGUGAAUCCUUUUAGAUUAAAUUGUAAAGGAGAUGUAGAAUACAUAAGUAAGACAAGUACAUCUGAUAAUAAAGUUGAAUCAUUUUUGAGAAGUCUAUUAAAUUAUUUUGUUAUUAUAAUAUGCACAGUCUCAAUGAUACUAUGUUCAAGGGCAAUAAUUAGAGCCCAGAUAUUAAAAUUUGAGACUAUGAGAUAUUUUGAAGAUAUGUUAAAGUCAACAUUAAGCCAUCAAGCACGAUGGGCAUUUUGGAAUUUUUGGUAUAUUAUGAUUAUAGUUAAUGACAUACUUAUAAUAUGUGGUUCAGGAAUAAAAGAACGUAUUGAAAGAAAGCAAUUCAUUGGAGAUCAGUGGAAUUUAUGCAGUGUAUUACUAGGCACUGGUAAUUUACUUGUGUGGUUUGGAGUCCUAAGAUAUCUAACAUUCUUCAAAACAUACAAUGGUGUAAUAUUAACUUUAAGACAAGCAUUUCCAAAUACUUCAAGAUUUAUUUUAUGUGCGAUUCUAUUAUAUGCUGGCUUCACAUUUUGUGGCUGGUUAGUAUUGGGACCAUAUCAUAUGAAAUUUCGAUCAUUGGCAAGUACAUCUGAAUGCUUAUUUUCUUUAAUCAAUGGUGAUGAUAUGUAUGCAACAUUUACAAUAAUGGCUACAAAAUCAUCAUUACUGUGGUGGUUCAGUCGUUUAUACCUAUACUGCUUCAUAAGUCUGUUUAUUUAUGUGGUUAUAAAUUUGUUCCUGUCUGUGAUAAUUGACUCGUAUGAAACAAUUAAGAACCAAUCCCGUGAUGAUUUAUCUAAAACAGACCUGGAAUUGUUUAUGACUAAAGGUACAUUUCCUACUUCCACAUUUGAUAUUACAGAAGAAACCGAUGAGUGGGCACACGUAUCUUUUGCUCAGACUAUUAGGGGUGUAUUUUGUAGUCUUUGUAUCAAUUUCAAAAGUUUUCGCCAAACAUGUAUGUCCAUAAUAUGUCAAAGAAGCCGACAUUUAAUAAUUUAGUACAAAGUAUGAUUGUGUUUUUAAUUUUACGUUUCCGUUACCAAUUUAAUAUCAAUUAUUUAAUUUCUACACUUUUUUUACACUUUCGUUCUCAUGUUUCUUAUGUUAAUGUAUUACAUACAUAUUAUAGACUGAUUCACCGUGUAUUCCUAUAUACCUGCACUUCACUCGUAUUAUAAUUAUGAAACUAAUGUAAUCACAGAAGUCAGUUAUACUGUACAACAAUAAAAACUACUGUUGUAGGUAUAUUAAAUUGUUAAACUCAAUGUUUGUUAAUGAUAUUUAUGUUUGAAGUUUAAGCCCAUGUUUGUUAUUGUUAUGUUUGAUAAACAUUGUAAGGACUGCUAUAACAUUAUUUUUAUGAAAGUCAUCCUAUAAAAGUCAAUUAUUGCAAAACCAAAACAUUACUUUAUUAUUACUUAUUAUUUAUGUGUAAUAUGAACUGUAAUGUUUUAUAACAUUUUUAUUUUUAUUAUAAUCAUAUUAACUGCUAUAAAUCAAAUCAU